AUGUCAAACGGGAUAACCACGAAUAAUUCGGAGUUUAAACGUCCUGCACCGCCGACGACAUUUCAUUCCAGAUUUGGGUUUAAGUCACCGAACGUAGCUACUUCUGCGUUAAAUACAAAUAGUAGUAGCCGUUCUGUAAGCCCGAUAUCGACCGCUUCAUCAUCUUCCACCACCUCUGGAAUAAAACCAAAAGAACUGAAAAACGGACAAAUACAAUCAAAAACGAUCCCAUCAAACAAUAAAUUGGAAAUAACACGACCAACAAAAUCAUCAUCAAGUAAACAUAUAGCUCAGUCUUAUUCACCUUACAGUAAACAGACAAAUUCGAAUGAAAAACUAACUAACAAUCGUACAGAACCGCCAUCGUCAAAUAGUCGUACAACACUAAAGUCUAAUCGCGAUCUAGUCAAUAACAAGCAAAUUCCUCCACAACCACCCUCUUCAUUAACAUCAACAACAGCUGCGAAUUUCACGCGAUCAUCAAGAACUCCUUCUCGAAUAGUUCAUGAAACAAAUGUACCAUCAGUUUUAUCGCCCAGAACACCAUCAAAAACAAAUAUGGCUCGAGGUAUAUCACCAAAACCAGUGCGUCCUGUUCAGACACAGAUACAACAGCAACAAGAUGUUAGUUCGUUAAAAGACAAAGUAAAAGAACAAAAACGAAAAGACUUUUUUUCAAAACCUCCAGGUCUACCGAAACAAACUCCUGUAAAUGGUGUACAUAGCCAACGUCUGUUAGUCACUAACAAUAACGAACAUGUAGAUACUAUAGAUACGAACACGAAUUUUCAAUCAUUAACAUUAGACGAGAACGAUCAUAAUCAGAUUAUAGCAUCAAAUUCCGGUGAUGUGAAUAAAAAUCUUACUUCGCAACUUACAAUGAAACCAGUAUUAAUUACAACACAAAAUAGUCAUCAGUGCAACGAGCCCAAAUUAGCCAAUGCUGAAUCUCAACAGUCAUUUAUACCUCGAGGAAAGUCAUCUGAUUCAGCUUACGCUAGUCUUCAUAACAGUAUUUCUUCCACACAGCAACAAUCUCAAACUCCGAAUGUAGCAGCUCCUUUAACAUUAACAUUUGUUAAACCACGUACGAAUUCUAAUGUUAUUUCUCCACAAUCUAAUCGUGAUCGUCAUAUAAGUGCAUUAUCACUUGAUUCAUCGUCAGCCGUAUCGGAUUUAUUAAAUAACGAUAUUUUGGAAGAUGACAAUUGUUCAUUAAAAUCCGAUGAUUUAAUGUGUGAUUUUGAUGAUACGUUAACGAUGGAUUCAUCUCAAGUAUCGACAAAAAAUGAUCGAAUAAAUUCAUUUUCAUUGACUGAUCAACGACAACAUGAAAAUAAACAACUUGUGAAAGGAACGUCAACACCAACACCUAAUACGCUACAUAAUAAAUUGUAUGAUUAUUCAAUAGCGUCUAAUCUCUUACCAUCAUCAUCAAUUUCAAACAAUUCAUCGUCAUCGUUUGUACAACAUAAAUCAGUUAUUGAUGAUCGAAAAGAUAAACGAGCGUCAACAUCGGUUUUUUAUUCACCAAAAGAUAAUCGUGACGGUAGUUUAUUAGAAUCGUUAGAUGAAUUAACACGAUUAAAUGGAAGCCAUAAAAUUAUGACACGAUCCGUGUCUUUGAAACCUCCAAGUUCAUUACCACCAUUAGAGGAUGCUGAACAAAUUCCGAUGGAUAUUGAAUCAUAUCGACAAGUUAUGAAAGAUGUGACUGUGGUUAAAACCAUCCUUCAUCAAUUGGAUCGUCUUUUAAAACAAAAUGAUGUUGAUGUUAAUCCGUUAAUGAGUGAUUCUAUGAUCAAUUCUUUGUACGGCGGUGAUUUACAAUCAUCAACAAUAUCAAAUUCAAAAAGAACAUUAAACGAUGUUCGUUUAUCAUCAUCAACAGACGAUACGAAUAUACUAUACGAUGAUUUAUUAAAAGAAAUUGUCACAUUACGUAAGGAAAAAGAACAAGACAAAAAUACAAUAAGAUUAUUACAGGAACAAAUGAACAUUGUCUGGUACGAUUUUACCACACAUCAAGUUCGUCGACGAUGGAUAGGUCAUGAACAUGAUGUUGUCAAGGUAAUAUACGGACAAAAAACAGGUUUGAUUAUUUCGUCGUCACGUGAUAGGACAAUACGAUUUUGGUCAACAACGUCAGAUAAACCGUCAAAAAUACUCGAAGGACACGAAUUAGUUGUGACUGGUAUCGCUGUCAAUCCUGAUAAUACAACUCUGUGUAGUGGAAGUCGAGAUAACACCAUACGAUUUUGGGACACUGAUUCUGGAAGAAAUUUAAAAGUUCUCACGAUUGGUCGAAAUCUCAUUACCGACAUUCGUUGGUCUACUGAUGGAACUUGGAUAGCACAAACGGGAGAAGACAAAGAAAUCAAGAUAUACGAUGCUCGUACAAUGACUCAAGCCGUAUCAUUUCCGAAAAAACAGUAUAUCCAAACAUCCUGUGAUAUUUCUCAUGAUAAUCGGUUUUUGAUAUCUACCAGCAACGGUUUCAAUAACAGUGGUGCCGAAGUAUCGUUAUGGGAUGUUAGACAACGUCAAUUAUUAUCUGAAUUUAAUGGUCACACACAAACGGUAAAUUGUGCUCGAUUCGUUGAUCAUGAUCCUUCGUUGGCAAUAUCAUGUGGCAACGAUGGAAGAGUUGUUCUCUGGGAUAUUCAACGUUCAAUGGCAGUGUCGGAUUUAUUCAUUGAAAAUUCAGUUGCACUAUCAUCGAUUGCUGUGUUAACUGUACAGAGUUUUGCCACAUCUGGUCUCGAUGGUAAGUUGAAUUUAAUGCAACGCAAUAAUCGUCGUUUACAACUGAUCGAUCAAGUAUGA